AUGAAUAUUACUAAUAGAGAUAUUACCAAUGAAGAUAUUGCUAAUAAAGAUAUUAUUGAUAAAAAUAUUUUUGAUAGAAAUAUUGCCGAUAGAGAUCCUAUAAUAGAUAUCUAUCAAAACUUGACAUCUUCUAUUUUCUCAUCACGAACAUCAAUUUUAAUAAUACUAAUUGUUCAUCUGGUUAAUGAUAAUGCUACAACUGGAAUGCUUACAGAUUUAGUAAAUGAAACUAAGAUCUUAUUCUUAAAAGCUCAUAAUUCUUCACAUUCAGCUUAG